GGAUGAAGAGAGGUUGGAAAUCUGCCAUAUAAAAAUGAACUAUGACCAUUUUUGAUACAUAAAGUCACACAAACGUUAUUAGUAGAAUAACGAAAAGACAAAAGGAGGAUGUGCGGCCUUUAAAAGCGAGGAUACCGAUACAGGAUCGAAGGUAAUUUCAUCGGCAUCGCCCGCCACUGACUGAGAACCGGGCAGGAGCAGCUCCGCUCUCGCGUCCGUGUUCGGGUCCAGCUGAUCCUGGAUCAGCGCUGUGCGCACAUUCCACUGCGCAUGCGCCGGUCUGCACUGCCCGUUUUUCCCCCCCAAACGGGAGAACCGCAGCCACAAGCGCGCUCAUGUCGAUAACCAUUAGGAUGCUCUGCUCGUGUACAUAGGCUGCGUUUGGGCUAAUUCUCUCAGAGAUCCGGAUUUACACGAGAACCUGUUUAUUUGGAGCGCUUCCUUUUUCCAGCGUCCUCGGAAUAUCUGUAUGCUGUGACCUUGCACUGAAUGUCCUUACAAACGGAUCUUAAUCCCAGAACGGACUAUUAGGACCUGAACUGCAAAGAUGGAUAUUGUAACACAUCUCAUCAACGACACUAUUGAGUUCUACAAAUGGGGCCUUACCAUUGCAGACAAACGUGUGGAGAAAUGGCCACUGAUGGACUCUCCUCUACCCACGCUGGCCAUCAGCUCCUCCUACCUGCUUUUCCUCUGGCUGGGGCCAAAGUUCAUGCGGAACAGGGAGCCCUUUCAGCUCAGGAAGACCCUUAUUGUGUACAAUUUCAGCAUGGUCAUUUUUAACUUUUUCAUCUUCAAAGAGCUCUUCCUUGCAGCACGGGCAGCAAACUACAGCUACCUCUGCCAGCCAGUGGACUACUCGGACGAUCCUAACGAAGUCAGGAUGGCAGCUGCUCUUUGGUGGUAUUUUGUCUCAAAGGGAGUAGAGUACCUGGACACAGUGUUUUUCAUCCUACGUAAGAAGUUCAACCAUGUCAGCUUUUUGCACGUUUAUCACCACUGCACCAUGUUCACCCUCUGGUGGAUUGGCAUCAAGUGGGUUGCCGGUGGACAGUCAUUCUUUGGUGCCCAUAUGAAUGCAGCUAUCCAUGUUCUUAUGUAUCUCUAUUAUGGGCUGGCUGCCUGCGGGCCAAAGAUCCAGAAAUACUUGUGGUGGAAGAAGUACCUGACAAUUAUCCAAAUGAUCCAGUUCCAUGUUACUAUUGGCCACACUGCUCUGUCACUCUAUACUGAUUGCCCCUUCCCUAAAUGGAUGCACUGGUGUCUAAUUGGCUAUGCCCUCACCUUCAUCGUUCUCUUUGGAAACUUCUAUUAUCAGACCUAUCGUCGCCAGCCCCGUCGUGAAGGUCCAUCCAAACCAGGCAAAGCCGUGUCUAACGGGGCUCCUAAUGGAAUGCUGGCAGCCAGUAAUGGAGUGGUUGGCAAGAUGGCAGAGAAGCCUGCGGCGGCAGAAAAUGGGAGGAGGAAGAGAAAGGGCAGGGCCAAGCGUGACUAGAGCAGAGAGGGCAGAGAAACAGGCAGGCUUCCAUACAGACACUGUCAAGACCACAGACUAAAUAGGUGAUGGGAGUGAAAGGACAUUGGUAGAGAACCAGUACCUGCUGAGGGACGGUUGGGAUGGGGCCCUGCCUGUUUGGAGGAAACUGUAAGGUUGACAGCACUGUGUAGGAGGUGUUUUUCACCACCAGGCCUGGUGGAUCUAAUUAGAAAUAUUUGUUAAGAACAUUUUUUUUUCUCUUAUCUCUCCUACCAGCCGAGUGUUUUUGCUAGCUGUAUGCAUAAGCAUCUCUGUAAGGAGAACUGACCGAUCCGUGCUCCACCCACAAAUGUUCUUUUGUAGCAGCUGUUGCUGCGUUGGACAAGGUUUACAGGAUGUUGGCAAAAAUACCAUUUAACUUUAUGAACUGAUGUUGAAGUUUAGAGGUUUAGAGUCACAGCUUAUGUAUGUAUGUAUGUAUGUAUGUAUAUAUCUAUUAACAUCAGCUCAGUUAUACAACAAAAACCUACACUUGAUCUAUUCCUGCAGUGUGACCUUUCACAUGCGUAAAAAAUAAUAGCAUUUGGAAUUAGUGUAGGUAAACUGAGCACAACAAUUGUUGGAAAGGAUAUCUUCCAGUAUUCUGUAAAGCUAGCCCAAGUGCAUAAGUUGCUGUGAAUGAACACAUGCAGUCAUAGGCAAAAGUUUGAAUACUCACAGUGAAAUUUGAAGUUCUGUUGAUUUUCUAAGUAAAAAUAAUGAACACAUACUGUACAGGGAGCAAACUGAAAUAUGACAUUGUAGUGCUCCAUUUCUAUUUAUUUACCAUAUAUACAUUGCUAUUUAUUUGGGAAAAGAAGACAUUUUGCACAGGCCAAAUUUUACAUUUUAUUUUCUCCAAUAUGUUAAAUUCUGCAAAUAAGUAAUUAUCCAUCAAAAUGUGCAGUAUGUUGUCUGUAGAGGAUGUGCUAACUUCACACCAAAGCAUGUAAUUUUCCAAGGGGCGCCCAAAUCUUUGCAUGCAACAUUAUGUGGGUGGAGCAUGGGUAGAUCAGUGGAUUACUCCCAACUCAUGAUCAAGAGGGUCUCAACUCUCUAUCAAGGCAUGAUAUCAUUUUCGUAAUCAUUUCAUACUUUCAUUGUCUGCCUGUAUGUCUGCCUUUUAUGUAAUUGUCCCGUUGAUUCCCAUUCCUUAGGUUUUCAGGCCAGUCUCUUGUAAUGAUAUAACUCGUUUACAUGCCCCUAUACACAUGCUUCAGUACAGGCUCAAUCAGGCUCUGCAUUUUGCUUUGUAGCAUAUCUAAUGACUUAUCAGAAAAUAUUGUUUUACCUCAUUAAACAAAAUCUAAACAAACACACAAACAAAAAACUGAACAGACAAUACAGCAAAUUACAUUGUACUGUUACCCAAUCCUAGUGUACCCUAUGCACUGCACAGUUUAGCUGUUUUCAGUUCAUCGAUGGCUUGAUAAUUAACUUCUGAGCCGUCACAGAUGCGAUACAGCAGGGACAAAUGCCAAUCUGCUUUUACAGAUGUACUCCAGAACUGGGAAAUGAAGUAUGGUGGAGCAAAUGCAUUAUCAUUUUGAAUGUGUUAAGCAGAAAACUCAAGAACCAUCCGAUUGUGCUGUUUUAUAUCUAGCAACAAAAGGGGUCUACCAAUCUUUCCAGUCUUAUUUAUUUAUUUAUUUAUUCAUUCAUUCAUUCGUUCGUUUGUUUUAAAAAUGUUAUUCCGUGUCAUAGUUUUACUUUUCUUUAACAUGAUCUUGACUACAACUGUAUAAUCUGACACCUAGCUCGUGUAAAACUGCCUUUUCCAACAGAUUCUUGAAAGGGAAAUUUUCACCUGAAAUUACUAUCAUGCGUAUUUUAGAGAUGUGCUGCUUUGAUCAUCGUAUUUAGGCGGCCGAAGUGAAGUUACGAGUGUAACAUGUCUAUAGAAGUGCUCUCUACAGCCUGCACUCAUCUGAGAUAUUCUACUGUACGUCUAUGAGGUCUUAAAAUGCUACUUGUCAUAAUGUUUUGUUUUGAGUAAUUACCCAAAAAUGUAUUGCUUGUGUUUUGUGUUCUUGAAUAAUUGUUUUUUAUGUUGUAUAUGCUGUGUGAUUUUGUACAUUGUGCUUUUAAAAAUAAAAUGGGUAUCAUUAAGGGACAUUUCUCAGUCUA